UCCAUUUGGAGCUGGCAAAUUCCCGGUCCGGGGCUUAUGCAAAGAGACCAUGACCACUGAUGAGGCCACCAAGAGCGAAGGGGAGGUGCAGGCGGCGGCUCUCGCUGAGCAUGGGGAGGACAUCACACCGGCUCGAGACCGAGGGGUCCUGAAGAUCAUUAAACGACCUGGGGGUGAAGAUGAGUCCCCCAUGAUUGGGGACAAGGUUUAUGUCCACUACAAAGGCAAACUGGCCAGUGGGAAAAAAUUUGACUCCAGCCGCGAUCGGAACGAGCCCUUUGUCUUCAGCCUGGGCAAGGGUCAGGUAAUCAAGGCAUGGGACAUCGGGGUGGCUACCAUGAAGAAGGGAGAGAUUUGCUACUUGCUGUGCAAACCCGAGUACGCGUACGGCUCCGCUGGCAGCGCCCCCAAAAUCCCCUCCAACGCCACCCUCUUCUUUGAGGUUGAGCUGCUUGACUUCAAAGGUGAGGACUUGUUUGAGGACGGAGGGAUAAUCCGGAGGAUCAAGAGGAAGGGAGAAGGUUACUCCAACCCUAAUGAAGGUGCUACAGUAGAAAUUCAUCUGGAGGGAUUCUGUGGUGGCACCAGGUUCGACUGCAAAGAUGUGAAGUUCAUUGUGGGUGAAGGGGAGGACCACGACAUCCCCAUCGGCAUUGACAAAGCCCUGGAGAAGAUGCAGAGGGGAGAGCACUGCAUCCUCUACCUCGCGCCACGGUACGGCUUCGGCGAGGCAGGGAAGCCGAAGUACGGCAUCCAGGCGAACACGGAGCUGGUCUACGAGGUCACACUGAAAAGCUUUGAGAAGGCCAAGGAGUCGUGGGAGAUGGACACAAAAGAGAAGCUGGAGCAGGCUGCCAUCGUCAAGGAGAAAGGCACGAUGUACUUCAAGGAAGGCAAAUACCUGCAGGCAGUGAUUCAGUAUGGGAAGAUCGUGUCCUGGCUGGAAAUGGAAUAUGGCUUGUCUGAGAAAGAGUCGAAAGCCUCCGACUCCUUCCUCCUGGCUGCCUUCCUCAACCUGGCCAUGUGCUACCUGAAGCUGCGAGAGUACACCAAAGCUGUGGAGUGCUGUGAUAAGGCACUAGGACUGGACCAGGACAACGAGAAGGGUUUGUACCGAAGGGGCGAAGCCAGGUUAUUGAUGAAUGAGUUUGAGCUGGCAAAAUGUGACUUUCAGAAAGUGCUGGAAGUGAAUCCACAGAACAAAGCAGCAAAAUCCCAGAUCUCUGUGUGCCAGAAGAAAACAAAGGAACACAACGAGCGGGACCGGAGGAUCUACGCCAACAUGUUCACAAAGUUUGCAGAGAGGGAUGCAAAGGAAGCAGCUAGCAAAACCCGGGUUGAAAAAGUAGCAGAGAGAGCAGCUUGUGAAAAGGGAUCAAAACCUGAUGCUGAAGAUGCUAAAGGACAUGCUGAUGCGGUGAGGCCGCUUGGACCAUUGUGGCUGAGCCCAUGGACCCAGCACCAGGCUGGUAGGGACCGCAGAGGUCAGCAGCUGGUGCUGGGAGGAGGGAAGGUUGGGGCAGGAGAAGGGAGCAGCCAGCUCGACACUGGACCAGGAACCAUGCCACUGCAGACAGAGAUCCUGCGCGAGGUCUGGGCUGCAGAGAGCCCCAGUGAAGAGCCGGGGAGCCCCCAGCACAAGCCCAAGCAGCACCACCCACAGGGGCAGAAGCUGAAGAAGAAGCGGCAGGAGCCUGCUCCAGAGCCCGAGGCAAAGCCCCGGCGGCUUCGGGUGAAGAAGCCAGGCGAGGGGGGGGCUACGGAGGAGCCCCGAGCCCUGGCACAGGGGGUGAAGAAGCUGAGGAAGAAGAAGGAGGAGAAGGGGGAGGAGGAGAACAACAAGGACCCUAAAUUCACCAAGGAGCCUCGGAGGAAAAAGGAGAGCCCAGCCCCCCGCUCACGUGUGGUCAAAGGCCCCAAGAAGCAGCAAGAGCCAGCUGAGGACUCGGAGGAUGAGGAGGAGGAAGAGGAGGUGGAGAGUAAAGAUCCACCAAAAAAGCUCAAGAAGAAACUACCUAAAGAGUCCCCCUCGGGUGAGAGCCGGGAGAAAAAGCUGAAGCCAAAGGCUGACAAGGGUGACCCUGACAGCAAAGCCAAAUCUGCUAAAAGCACCAAGAAGGAGCCGAUGUCCAUGUUCCAGGUGAAUGGGGAGAAGAAGGAGAAGAAAAACAAGAAGAAAGCCGCCACCAGCAGUGAUGAAGAGGAUGAUUCCGACUCCAGCACCAAACCCAUCAGGUCGGGAAAGAAGAAAAACCCAGCAUCCCUCUUCCAGACCGGCGGGGACCCCCCUAAGGAGAAGAAAGCCAAAAAGAAAGCUCCUCCCAGAGCAGCUGAGAGUGAGGACGAGACCCUGGAGAUCCCACAGAAAAACUCCAACAAGAAGGGGAAAGGGAAGAAAUCAAAGAAGCCCAAGGAGGAGAGAGCCCCAUCGCCUGUUAUUGAGGUGGACAACCUGGAGGAGUUUGUGCUGCGGCCGGCAGCACAGGGGGUGACCAUCAAGUGCCGGGUGACACGGGACAAGAAGGGGAUGGACCGGGGGCUUUACCCCACCUAUUACCUUCACUUGGAUAAUGACAAGAAGGUAUUCCUCCUUGCCGGGAGGAAGCGGAAGAAAAGCAAAACUUCCAACUACCUCAUCUCCAUCGAUCCCACCGACCUGUCACGGGGAGGAGAGAACUUCAUUGGGAAGCUCAGAUCCAACCUGAUGGGUACGAAGUUCACAGUGUUCGACAACGGCGCGAACCCCGACAGGGCCAACGCUGACUGGUCCAACGUGCGGCAGGAACUCUCAGCUGUGGUCUAUGAGACCAAUGUUUUGGGGUUCAAAGGCCCCCGGAAGAUGACGGUCAUCAUCCCUGGGAUGAACUCUGACAACGAGAGGGUGCCCAUCCGGCCCCGAAAUGAUAACGACGGUCUCCUGAUGCGAUGGCAGAACAAAAACAUGGACAACGUGAUUGAGCUGCACAACAAGGCGCCGGUGUGGAAUGAUGAGACACAGUCCUACGUCCUCAACUUCCACGGCCGGGUCACUCACGCCUCCGUGAAGAACUUCCAGAUCGUGCACAGCAGUGACCCUGACUACAUCGUGAUGCAGUUUGGGCGCGUGGCAGAUGAUGCUUUCACCAUGGACUACAACUACCCCCUCUGCGCCGUGCAGGCCUUUGCCAUAGCUCUCUCCAGCUUCGACGGGAAGCUGGCCUGUGAGUAGCACCUGCACAGGGACCACGUGCUGGUGCCCAGUGGAUGCUCCGGUGUCCUUGUCCUGCUCCACUUCCUCCAUUUCCACCUUCUUCAUGGUGAAUGCUCAUGGUUACAGCUGCUCCUGUGGUGGUUGGAGGUGCACGACGCCUGCAGAGCACAGUGGGACACUUAUCCAGGCAAACUGGGGCCAGAUGGCAGAGUCAAGCUCAGGGUAUAUUUAGCAGAUGAGGCUGACUGUGAUCCCAAUCUCAUCCCUUUGAGACAUUUCUUGGACUUAGAUCCUGGAAACUCAUCCCCCUUUUUUUAUUUUUGACUGUUUUAGAUUCUGGUUUGUAUUUUGUAGCUUGGUCUCUCAGAGAGGGGGGGUUGGUGGUCUCUGUGUUUCCUCAUCUGCCUAUGAGUGUGCACAGACCCCCGGCCACUGAGCACCAAACUGCUUUAUUCAUGGAAUCAUAGAAUCAAUUAGGUUGGAAAAGACCUUUAAGAUCAAGUCCAACCUUUUUUGCCCUGUCUUCCCCUGGUGCAAGCAGCCAUGCAGUGCCCGUGAUGUGUUUGCACACCCAGGGCUCUCCAUGCACUGGGUCUAAUCCCACUACCUGGAAACCUUUGGGAAUUUGGGUCCCUAAGGAGCAGCUUGGCACCCAGAGCCCUGGCACCGCGUGGGCACGUGCCAAGGGGAGGCACCGGCAGCCACGUGAGGCAGAGCUGGCAUCACCAGCACGGGGCUGGGCAGGGGCAAUGCUGCCAGGAGGGACCUGGAAGGGAAAACUCUGGGUGCACCAGGAAGUGCCGGUGGGUGACUCACCAGGUGUGGUGCGGUGCUGAGUCACACUCAGCACCCAGCCAGGCUCCCCGUGUCCCCCCAUCCCUCCAGACCCUCCUGGGCUGGUGGUGAUCUGGAGCCCUGCGCACCCCAUAGGUUCUCCCUGCUCAUGGGGAGGUGCAGACGGGAGAUGUCACCUCAGGACAUAGACCCAUGGAUGUUACAGGGGUCUGGGGGGAGUCAUUGGGAAGGAGAGGUGAUGGAGAGGGCAGGCUGGGGGGAGCGAGGCAGCCUGUGCCCCAUUUCCAGCACUAAUGCACCUUUGUGGGGUGAGGAUUUGGCUGCAUGGACAGUCCCAAAUUUGAUUAAUUCAGUGCUGAGAAACAAUGGGACAUGCCAAGGUGCCCCACGCUGUCCUUGACCCCCUAAUAGUACUCUCACCAGUUCAGCUCAUGCACUGACCGCAGGGUGGCCUGAUACAGUUUGGGGUCCCCUUCCCUGGACACACACAGUUUUUUCCCCAUUCUGUGGGUGAUCUAAGCCUCCCAAGUUAACACUGUGAGAGGUAGCUGGGACAGAAAGGCUGAGGAGCAGGAGAUGGAUGAGGCAGAUGUGGUUGUGCAAGAGGGAUGCUCAUCGUUGCUGCGCAGUGUCACAAUGAUGCUGUGGCCUGAAACUGUCUCUCACAGUGAUUGCAGGACCGUGAGCUGCAGAGAGACCUCUGGAGAGCAUCUGCCAGAGUGGCUUAAUGGGUGGAGCCAAGGUUUUCCCACCAUCUGCAUGAAUGUGGGCUCCGUGAUUCAUCUGCAUACAUUUGUGGUGGGGCAGAUGAAGGCAGACAGCUCAGGGACAAAGGGACUGCGUGGGACAUCGUUCCUUAUCCUUGUGGUGAGAUCAGAGACCUUCUUGUAAGCUAAAGGGAGAAUCAGCGGUUUGGGACCAGCAUCCCCUGGCUAGGUAUGAGCACCAAAUGUGGGGAAAGCAAGAGCUUUCUGUCCACAGAUCCAGCUGUGAUCCCAACAUCUGUUUGGAAUUGGGAGCAGCUUGGCUAACAGUUGAGCCUAACACUUGUCCCUGUCCUCUCUGAUGGAAGCAGAAAAGCCAAAGUGGGGUAAGAAAAAGUAGUUAGGGCUCCCCAGGCUCUCACUGGAGCAUGAGCUGCUGAUACCCCAGCUGCUCCCUGGGGAGUUUCUCCCUCCCCUCACCCAAAAAGCUUUUGUGUUGCCUAUUAUUGCUUGCAAACCCCUUGGCGUUCCCAGCCUGCAGCCCAAGCAGAGUGAAACCCUCUGCCAUGGGUGACCAAUGCCAUGCCACCCCAUCCCAGAACCCCAAAUCACUUAUACAAACCCUCUAACCCAAACCAACUGCAGCCAAAGGAACAAAUGCAAACAAUUCAGUAGGGCGAUGGAUGCUCGGGCUCUUUGUUUGCGCUGGCUGUUAACACCAGAGGAGACAGGAAUGGAAGCAGUUGAAAUGUGUAUCUACUUUGGCCGAUGGAAAGUGUGACGGAUGCGCCGGCAGACCAAUGGUUGGGAAUGCCGGGGGGUGCGUGGGUGUGAAAGGAAUGCUUGCUGCAAGAAAAGAUCAGGAAAAAAGGAAAA